AUCAUACUGAACUGUUGUGUUUCCUUGUUAUGAUGGAAGGUGGUGUGUGGCGUAGAAAAUGGAAACCAAUAGCUGCUGCACUGCUCUUGUGUUCUUUAGUGCUUGGUCUAACAUUUUUUAGCUGGCGAGAAUUAACUAAAGCACUUAAGGUGGGGAGGAGUUCUGAAGUGGAAAAUGCUACGUUUAGUGGAAAAGAGUUUGAGUCGGCUCCUUCUGUGGCUGCUGGUCCAAAAAUGGGAUUAAAUGAUUCCUCAAUCCAAGCUGACACCAAUGAAGCUGGCGUGACUAUGGGAGAUGAAUGGAGCUCUGCUAACUCUUCACUUCACUGUGGCCCUAGCAAAAUGAAAUUCAAAGUGAUGGGCCUGGGUGCUGCUGAGCUACAACUGGACAUUGGCAACUCGGAAUAUGUACCGCUUAACCAGGUGCCUGAAGCUUGUGGUGUCUUGGUGAACCAGACMAAGCUUGGACUUGUUCUACUUGUUCGUUAUGACAGCUGUACAGUUUUACAAGAGAAUGGGACGUACAUCUUCACAAUGAGAUGGAGGGGGAGUGGCAUUAAUUUAACCUGCAGCAUGCUUCCAAUGGCUGAGGUUAACACAACAGAGCCUGCUCUUCCUUUAAAAGAUGAUUUGCCUCACGAUUCCCUAAGCCUUCAUCGUAUGAGACGCCAUUCAAGAUGGCGUCCCAUGUAUUUUCCUUGUAGUCCACAUAAACGUUAUCCACUCUGCCUGUAUACCCCGCCACCUACAACUACGACCACUACGCCUCAUCCCACCACGACCACUGCUAUCACAGCUCGCCCAAUUUACAAAAAUCCCUACUUCUGGAAAAGACUCCUUGCACUCUACCCACUGUAUUCUCGCUACCUUAAAGAGCAGUCUCAUCCCCUGCAAUCCUAUUACCAUGCUUAUAGACAUCCAGUGUGGCAAAUGUAUCCCCAACUAGCUCYGAAGCCUCAGGUAGCUAACCACCCCUUCUACCGCUACUUCAUGGAUUACUUUACUACCACGAUGCCAACAACUACAGUCARCAUGCCAAGCGGUUACUGUCCAUACGCUAGAAGGACUGGACCUUUCGACAGGCUGUUUUUUGCUCCAAGAAUGUCAUUUGGACAUCACGAUAUGCCAGACGACCAGCAAAAUGUGUCUCCGCAGAUCAGCUCUGGAUACCWAAGUCCAGAAAAUCCUGACUCUUUCUGGGAGUCAUUCCCUUUGCUUUAUCACACCGCAAGCCAAGAUGAUCCAUACCUUGACUGGGAGGACAUAACUCCUAGAUAAGUGGCAAUGCUCUCCUGUAACGGAAGUUGUACUGUUCUYCUUUGUAGGUGCCUGGGUCUCCUGAGAGUUUAAUAAACAUGUUUAACUUUGAACAA